AAAAAAAAAAAAAAAACAAUUAAUGGGUCAACCUCACUCUAGCUGUGCAUCUCUGCUGUAAUUUUUAACUAUUAAGCCCUAAAAGAUUUAAGUUCUUCGCUGCAUACCAAAUUUCUCUUCUCUUAGUUUAGCUCGAUGAGAAGCAGAGUGAUUGUAUCGAAGAAUCGAAGCAGAAUCUUACGAAAUACAGGCACUAACACAGUAUCUUCUUCUGGAGUCUUUUUAUAGAAUAAAGAAUUGGGUUAAUAUCAAAAUAUGGAAACAAACCAUGCUCUUUGUCUGGGUCUUAUUCUAUUGCUACUUGCCGUUGACUGCUCUCUUCUUGAUUGGAAGGUGAAUGCGAGUGCAAAGACCGGUGUAGAUCCACAAUCAACUAAUAUAGGUAGUACAACUGAGCAAAUAGGUGAAUCGGGUUCAGUUUCUGAUUCUACAGGAACUCAUAAAAAGAAAAAUAAAGUGAAUAAAUUAAAAGAGAAUGUUGUUGAUGAUAUGACAAGAAAUAGUGAUAGUAAUAAUAAUAAUGAUGAUUCGAGUAGCAAAUCUGGGUCCAUAAGAACAGAUAAUAUGGACAAGGUUAGCAAUGAUUUGAAUGAGAAAGUGCAAGCAGAAGAUGUUGAUAAUAAAACGAGUAAGUUGAAUGAUAAAUCACAAGCGGAGGAUGUUGACAAUAAAAAGAAUAAAUUGAAUGAGAAAUCACGAGUUCAGGAUGUUGAUAAUAAAAAGAGUAAUUUGAAUGAGAAAUCGGAAGUUCAGGAUGUUGAUAAUAAAAAGACUAAUUUGAAUGAGAAAUCACAAGUGGAAAAUAAUGUUAAGAAACAGAAGACCGUUCCUAAGGAGAGUAGCAGUGGAGGAGAUUCAGAGGUUGCAUCAAAGAUUCCUCAUGUUGAAGAAUGUGAUCCGUCUAACAAGUGCAUGGAUGAGGAGAAUAAGUUGGUUGCCUGUUUAAGAGUUCCAGGAAAUGAUCCACAAUAUUCACUUUUAAUUCAGAAUAAAGGGAAAAAACCUCUCAAGGUUGCUAUUUCUGCUCCGGAUUUUGUUGAACUGGAGAAAACAGAACUUCAGCUCCAAGCAAAGGAAGAUAAAAAGGUGAAGGUCUCUAUCACGGAUAGAGGAGGCGGGAACUUGAUUGUCCUAAGGGCAGGGAAUGGUCAUUGCAACCUGGAUAUAAAGCAUGUGAUGGCCAACGUGGGGAAGGAGCUUGAUAGCUCUCAUAAGUCUGCUUACUUAAACUUCAAGUCACAAACCCCUAUUAUUGUUGUUUUAGCCUGUGCUGCACUGCUAAUACUCGCAGCAGGUUGGACGUGUAUCAGCAUCCGGAGGAAGCAACUUUCCAGCAGUGGCUCUAAAUAUCAAAGACUAGACAUGGAUCUACCAGUUUCUGGUGUGGGAAAAGCAGAGUCGGAACUUAACGAUGGAUGGGAUAACAAUUGGGGUGAUGAUUGGGACGAUGAGGAGGCACCUAAGACACCAACGCUACCCGUUACGCCAAGCCUUUCGUCUAAAGGCCUUGCCUCGCGCCGGUUGAGCAAGGAGGGGUGGAAAGAUUAGCGUAGUUAUAAAACAAGGGGGAAAAACAAGACGGGAUCACUAUAGUUUCCAUUUUCAUGAACUUCUUUUUCCCCAUAGAUUAUCUUUCUUUUCCCCCAGUAGAUACAGAUACUUGAAAGAAGGCCAAGUAUUGCUUAUUGCGUCUUCCCCUUCAUGCAUAUUGCAUACAGUUUACAGCGCUUAUGAAAAUUUAGGAUACGUUACUUGAGUCGACAGUUUACGGUUAUUAACUAUGGAAAAAACUUGAUAAUGGCAUAUAUUCAAAAAUCAUAUGGAAAUACAUUUUUUUUAAA